AUGAUUGCUGCAAAACAAAGGCUGCAGUGUCGAAAAAACCGAAUUACGAGGUUGCAGUGUCCAAAAAAAAGGAAAAGGGAAGCUGAAGAGGGUGGAGAUGCACUGAAAUCUUUAGAGAACACAACCUUGGGCUCUAAAAUAGAAAUUGCUGCGCUGGAUGAGAUGAAAUCCAUGGAGUCCCAACAUGCAAUUGUGAGUGCAGAUGCUACGCUUGAGGACUCGCCAACCAAAGUUGCCAAGAGGUAUUCGGGCAAGCAUCUGAUAGCUUCAAUGAUGAAGGGCUUAGCUCUCCACCUAGUAAAAUGGAAGGGUAAAUGCCAAGGCACCACUUCGAAAUCACCAGCAACAAGUGAACUCACUUUCUACCGAAUACUUAUGUCAGCAUUGUCAUGGGUCGAAACACCAUUAGUCAUUACAUGAAUAAGAACUAAUGAGAUUGAGAAAAUUUCAAAGUAAAACUAAAAUUGGUCAUGUUACCGACUGUUAACAGCAAAAAUUGUUAACCAGAGAUACUGUUGCGGAGUUGUACUAAUGGGAGAGAACCAACAACUAAAAAAGGAUUCAAUCCAAAUUGACACAAAAUAAAGAUGAGUCAAUAUAUUUCGAAAAUUUUUCCAUACUACUCAGAAACAUAAGUGAUUGUCUUACAAACUUUUGGGACAACAGACAUUGGUAACUAUUACAUAACUUGAGAUACGUAAAUAAAACUGUGUCAAUAGCAUUCAUCUUUAAGCUUUAAUUACAUUUAGCGAUUCAGGAAUUUUAAUAUCAAAGCAAGAUUAUUUGUAUGAAGGAAUUGCGGGAGGUGGAGUUCCUAGUGCAAACAUCCUGGCAAAGAUGCAGUAGCUGAUAGAAUUGACAUUAUUUUUGUGUCCCUUGGUAUCUACCAGCCACUCUGCUUCUUUCCAUGCCAUAAGAGAAGGCAUCUUGACUUCAAGUUCCACUGGAAACUUAGGGGCUCAGCCAUUAAGCCUCUCCAAGUAUGGACCUUGGAUAUUAGCUGCUGCCGCCAGCACCAUUGACAGGAAAUUUGUUGCUCAAGUUUGCUUGGCAAAGGACAAGUGUACAUUCUGAGCUUUUCAUUGAAGUUGUACCAUACUAAUUUUGUUAAAUGAUCUAAGAAGGGCCUCUCCAUUAAUAGCUUCAACUUCAAUGAAACAUCAUUUCCCUAGAUUUAGGCUGGAGAUGCUGCAAACUACUCUGCAGGUGCUGACCUAGAUAAUUCAAAAAUAUUUCAGAAAUGGUUCCAUGAAUUCUUACAAAGUACAAGGACAAAUUGUUUUCUGUGAAACCUUAUGGGAUGACACUGUUAACUUUUUUACCCAACAGUGUAGAAACCAUUAUGAUUGACUUUUCCAUUAACUGAUUUUAGCUUCAACUGC